AUGGUACAAGCUGGUGUUGCAUUGUCCUGCCAGUGGCUCCACUGCGAAGUCGUUCUUGAUAUCUACUCAGAUUUUUGCCGGCAUCUUCUAGACCAUUUGCAGGUGGAAUGGAGUUCGUCCUCGAAUAUCACCUGUGGAGUUUGUGGCAAUCCAUUGGGUCGGGACGAAAGUGCCUACAGACACAUCUAUUUCCAUGCCUGGUUGGUGUUUCUGAAUGCCAGAGGUAGUUUUUAUCAAACCUCCGAAAAAUUGCCAUCUUGUAAGCUCCCCGAGGACUUCAGUUCUAUUCCUGAUUUUCCUACGCCUUUUUGCUGUGCCUGGAACAAUUGCAGCUUCCAAACAAAUGACGUUGCCAGUCUCUACUCACAUGUCUCAAAGCAUCCUCAGGCGGAUAACUUGAAUGGGGAUGAUGGUAAUAAAGUUCAACAGCACGCCUGUCUUUGGGAUAGUUGCUCCUUCACAUGUUCACGCCUUACCAACCUCGUUGCGCACCUGCGCUCGCAUACUCAAGAAAAGGUUGUUGCUUGUCCUCAAUGCGGUCUCCUCUUCACGGCACGCACUAAACUUCGGGAUCAUCUUGUUCGUCAACACCAGAUCGAGGACCCCACCUCCUCAACCGCUAUCAAUACUUAUCAGUGUACUUACUGCUUACGCUGCUUUGGUAACAAAUCACUUCUGCAGGCACACGCCAACCGACACAUCAAUAAGCACAUCUGUCCCCUGUGCAACUUGACUUUGCACAGCAAGAGUGCUGUCAAACGUCACAUGCUUUUUCGUCACACGGACAAGGCUACUGUGUCCUGUCCUCACUGCUCGGCAACUAUCAAGGGUGUGCAUUCCUUGGACUUGCACAUCUCGCGAUGUCAUCAUCAGUCCUAUUCUUUCAAGCCUGGCUCGGGUGUGGAAUGCCAACGUUCUGGCCUUGAGCCACAACGUUCUACCACGGUCACUCCAGUCGGUCCACUAGCCGUUACUGGGUCUUCCAGUCUCGGUGAAGGUCAUCUCUUUCCCCUCCAGACCUCCACUUUCAAUGCUACCGGAUUGGUCAAGGCGACCGUCUUUCGAUGCUCUGUAGAGGGCUGUAAGUUUUACUCCACUACACGACCCGGUCUCUGUGUCCACAUGACCAGAAAACAUCCUCCGGAGGAACCACAGGGUAACUACGCCUGCCAUCUCUGCCCUAUGAGAACCACGAAAGGCUUCCUGCUUUCACGUCACCUCAUUAGUAAACACAAUCAUCAGCGUCCCUCGGGCCAUUUUCGUUUCAAUUAUGUUCUCUGCCCUGAGGACGGUCUCUAUCGUCUGCAGACCACGCGACUGGACUCUGUGGAGGUUGCAACGGCCCUUCUUGGUCCCCAAACAGUUGACCAACUGCUCACGGGGGGUGCUUCCGAGGAAGUGGGCGAAGACACAGGAGAUUUGGAUUGUCAUCCGUCGCUGUAUGGGAUGCAGCAUGGCCUUAACGCUACUUUCACUGCUGCAGGAACUUGA